AUGCCGCACUACAUUCACUCUAAUCGCAACUCUCGAUUUCCUCAUGACGGCAUCGUAAUAGCCCAAGAGCAGGCCUCUUAUAUGAACCUCUCUUCAAUCAAAGACAAGGUCUUGAUUAUACCAGGAACUCAAUUGCAACUGUUUAAUUCUUUCGAGACGACGGGACUUGAACUUCCAAUUACAUUGCCUGUAAUUGCUGAAGAUCAAUUGUCAAUUGACAUUCUAAAUGUGUUUGAGUCGCUGCUUCCAACAGAAGAGAGUCACAAACGAAGAUUAGAAUUUGUCGACAAGAUAAGACGGAUGUUAAAAGAAGAGUCGCAAGGGCAUGAUAUUGAAGUACAUUUGUUUGGGGGACUAGCCUGCGAUAUGAACAUAAAUAACACACUCGCAAUACACAACACUCGCCUAAUCAAAACAUACGUUUCCAUCGACCAUCGUGUACGUCCACUUACCAUGAUAGUCAAGCAUUGGGCAGCUAAGCGUGUACUAAAUGACGCUGCAAAAGGUGGCACUUUGUCCACAUAUACAUGGACGUGUAUGGUCCUUAACUUUCUCCAGAUGCGUGAGCCUCCUAUUUUGCCCGUUCUUCACCAAAUGUCACCCAAAGGAGAGCCGAUAAUGGUCAAUGGAGAAGAUGCUGCGUUUUGUGAGGACAUUGAGAGCUUUAAGAAUUUCGGGGCUUCUAACCGGGAGUCUCUUGGAGGAUUAUUGUUUGCAUUUUUCAGGCGGUUUGGGUAUGAGUUCGAUUAUCAACAUCAUGUAAUAUCUGUGCGUCAUGGAAAAUACCUCACAAAGGAAUCCAAGGGUUGGAAUUUGGGCCCUGAUUGGCGAUUACUCUGUGUUGAAGAGCCGUUCAACACUUCGCGUAACCUAGGUAAUAGUGCGGACAUUGUGUGUGUACAAGGAUUAAUAAAAGAGUUCCGUCGCGCUUGUAGUAAGUUAUAUGAGGAUGUGAGCCUGGAGCUGUGUUGUAAACAGUAUAUUACCCCAAAGGGAUAUAAUGGAGAGUAUGGAUGGUAUCCGGGGGGAGGUAGAGGAAAGUGGAACAGUGGCGCGAGUGGUGGCAUGAAGAAAGGACAACAGCAGCAGAAUAAUUAUUGGAAUAAAUAUAACGGAUAUCAUUAUGGUGGAUAUCAAUAUGGGCAGCAGAAUAGACAGAAUGAUAACCUAAAUACGUAUAGGGAUGGCUAUAUGAAUAGUUGGAGUUAUCAUAAUACUUGUGAUGGCAAGUUCGAUGGGGGAGAUUUAGAAUCAGAAAAAAAACAGUUUGAAGAUAGUGUUAUCAGUACCGCUACUAUUGUCACUCCUGUCGCUAGUGUUACCAGUACUCCGAGUCCUGUAUUUCUGCAGAAUAACGACGAGACCCGACACUUGGACAUGCAUUUCGAUACACAAUCGGAUAUUCAACUGGAUGUUUCUUCUCAUCGGACUUCUGAGUUAUCAGUAAGUAGGAAAGGAAGUUAUCAGAGCAUGCAAUACGAAAGUGAGAUCGAAUGUGAGCAUGAGGAGAUCGUCGAUCACAUUCAGCAAUGCGCGAAAGAUGAGGGAAGUUGGAACGGUAAAAGUCAAUUCAAUGGACAAGAUGACGAAGGGUUGGAUUUUCAAUAUUUUGCACCAGACCAAAAAGAAAAGUCUCACGAUGAACAGCAAGACAUUUUAUUUAAUAAGCAAACAGAUGCGAAUGUUAAUUAUCAGAGUCAAAAAACAUCUCAGCCUCAUAAGCGUGAACCGAAACAAGAUCCAAUGCAGAUGACCGGAAGGAUAACCAGAGUAAACGAACAGCAGAAUGGGGAUAACAUAAACGGGAACUCAUAUAGUUAUCAAGAUAGACAGCUUACCCAGAACGACCAGAAAGGUCAGAAUAAUCAAUCAGUCUAUCGGCAGAAUCAAAACAACAGAAGUAAUGGCAACAAUAAUGCAGCCAAUAGAAAUAGUUUGCAUAACAACAACGUUCAAGGUCAUCAAAACGCCAAUAACCAUAAUCGAUCUGAUCAAAGACAACGACAACAGCAUUCUAAUAAAUCGUCUCAUCAAAAGCCCACGCAAUCAAACGGCCAAAACCGAAGGAAUAACCAACAGCAUCAUAAACAAAACCAGAAUAAUCAAGGACAACGAAGGUUGAGUUAUUCAAACCAACAGGGGAAUACUUAUACAGAACAUAGUAAUAAGUAUCAUAUGCAACAACAAAAGGAAGGAAUAAGAGGGAACGAGCAGGGAGCAUACGUGGUAUAUAAUAACAAGGGAUGUGAGAGUAAUCAAAGGAAUAGCAAUAACUUUGAUCAGAACAACAAUAUUCAGGGCAACGUUCAUUCCCAUUCUCAUCCUUCUCAACCUUCUCCGUCUCAUCCCCACACACCCUCUCUCAAUGAACAAAAACAACAUUACAAUCAUAACAUGUUUUCUACAGCCCCAUUUCAGACCCAAACACCAUCUAUUCCUCCAAAGCGUCCUUACAUGCCCUUUCACAGCGAGCAAAGAACACCACAAAUGAGCACGCCGUCUAUACAAAUGAAUCAGAGGAGUAACGAAACAGACGAGCCAUCUACAGGGAGAAGAAAAUCAAAUGUUGGAGGUGGAAAUACCAUUCACAACCAUGACAAUCCUAGUACACAUGUUCACACCAAUACCUACACAAACGCAUCACCAUCUCUUAUAUCCUCGCAAACGCACCCCUCUUCAUCGGCACAGGGCACGAAUUAUACAAACCAUCACAAGCAAAUGAGGCCUUCGCUGCAUACGAUCCAACCUGCAGCUUAUCCAUCUACACAUCAUCCUACGCCUCCCAUCUACUUUUCUCCACGUUCCAAUCCAUCCACGACAUCUCCAUCAUCUGCCGCGCCUGCGACAUCUACCACGUAUGUGAAACCAAGGUAUGUGUCACCGUCCAUAUCGUACACUCAACAAGAAGAUAUGAACAAUAGAAAUGGCGAUAAUGGGCAUGGAAACGGAAUUACAGGGCCGAAUACGAAUACGGGUGGAAAAAGGAAAAAUGUAGAUAAUAUAGGAAAAAAGGGAAGUGCUGGAGAGAAGAAGAAUGGAAUCCUAAAUAAUGGAGGGAAAGCUAGUGAGAAAGAAAGAAAUAAUAAUUUUGAAAACGGCGUAUAUGGUCAACGUCAAUAUGGCCAGAACGAAAAUGGACGCCAGCAACAGAUGGGAAGCAAUACUGGUGGAAACAAGAAUAAAAAGAAGAACCAAUGGUCCCACAAUAAGCAUAAUAACAAUCAGAGCAACAACUACUACAAUAACGUUACUCAGAACAAGGUUAAUGUUGCUAGCAAUCAUAACAGUUUUGCACAUGACAACCACAACGACAUCGUUUAUAUCCCCACGGGUUCUUCUCCAACAUUUUCCUGUCUGCAGCCUUCAUCCAGCUGCAUAAAAUACACACGGUAUCCUAUCAACAAUUCCGUCCAGGCCGAUGUGAAUGCUCCAAAUGCUUCUCCUUCGUAUGAAGUAUCUGGGGUUCGAUAUAAUGGUAAUGACAGUCAGGGAAUACAAAAAGGUGACAUUAAUCAUGUCAAGAAACAAGAUAGAGGGAACAGUCGCGUUACGAUGAAUCAGCGAGAUGUUUAUAGUUUCGGGCGACGAGGGAAUAAUGUUGACAACAGCAAUUCUAAUUCGGCACAGUCUUUCUGCCAGCAAUUCGCACCCGGCCAGCAUAUGUCCUUGCAUGCAUCAUCUGCACGGAACCCAAUAAUAGAUGAUGCCGUUAACACUAGUAAUAACGUUUCCUCUGAUCACCAAUCUGUACACACGGAAGAUGUAUUUGUAAAUCAUACCGCUGAUAGUUCGCGGAUGGCCAGUCUGGCAAUUGGAAAUGGGCGAAGACAUAAUAACAAUGGCCAAGGAAAUGGCGACGGAAAUGGAAAUAGAAGUGGACGAUUAAAUGAACAUAAUAAUGGAAACCAGCCUAGAGGUCAGGGGACAGAAGGAAAGAGUAAACGGCGUGCAAAGAAGAAUGCACGGAAUGGGUCUGCUCAAAAGAAUAGCAUUAGAAGAGACGAGUCAUCCACAUCUCAGUCUUCAUUACAUUCAAAUGGAAACUACAUAUCAUAUUCUAAUAAUGCUAUCAAAAAAUCUGCGCCUUACUACAACAACAAUACUGGUAGUAAUAAUUUCAGUAAGAACAUCAGUAAGAAUGCAACCAAUUCCCCAUCUUAUGCUCGUUCUCAACCUGCUUCCCUAGUGAUGCCAACGAAUAACACCCAGCCCUUCACUACAUCGUCAGCGUACAAUAAUAUGACAUCGAACCAGUUUACAUAUGUACAGUCUUCUAACUCGACAUCCUCCAAUGCUGAUUUAAUGUCUUCGAACACAGUAGAGAUGAUUGGACAGGCACUAAACCAAUCGUAUGGACGUGGUGGACGUGGUGCAAGGAAUGGUGGCAAUAGGCGAGCAACUGAACAGAAGUAG